GAGGGGAUUCCCCCGCCGGGAGCGGGAAUGGGCACGGCCGGGAAGGGCCCGCCCCGCUGCCGGCCCGGGGCGGGCGGCGGUGGCCAUGGCCGGGGCCGGGGGGGCCGGUGCGCUGCGGGUGCUGGUGGACAUGGACGGGGUCCUGGCCGACUUCGAGGGCGCCGUGCUGCGGGGUUUCGUCUCCCGCUUCCCCGGGGAGCCGCGGGUGGAGCUGGCGGAGCGGAGGGGCUUCUCGGUGCGGGAGCAGUACUGCAGCCUGCGGGAGGACCUGGGGGAUAAGGUAGCCAGUGUCUACGAAUCGCCUGGCUUCUUUCUAGAUUUGGACCCAGUUCCAGGAGCCCUUGAAGCUAUGCAGGAGAUGAUCCGCAUGCAGGACACUGAAGUCUUUAUUUGCACAAGUCCUCUCCGGAAAUAUGAGCACUGCAUCGUGGAAAAGUAUAAGUGGGUAGAAAAACAUUUGGGACCCGAGUUUGUGGAGCGGAUUAUUCUAACCCGAGAUAAGACCGUUGUAUCUGCUGACUUGCUGUUUGAUGACAAGGAUACCAUUAGAGGCGCGGAGCUGAACCCGAGCUGGGAGCACGUCCUCUUUACCUGCUGCCACAACAGGCACCUCCAGCUGCAGGCACCGCGCCGCCGGCUGCUCUCCUGGGCGGACGAUUGGAAAGGCAUCUUGGAAAGCAAGCGCAGGCAGUGAUGCGAAAAGGGGAUGCCGUGCUCUUCCCGCUGACAGGGAAACCCGUUCCCUGGAGGCAGCGAGCGCCGUCAGCCGGGCAGGGGCAUUAUGAGGGGUCAGUUAUAAUAAGAAAUGAGUUGCCCUUGAACAUGCUGCAGAGCUGACUCCUCUCCAGGUCUGUGGAAGAAUUGCUCUGCAUUCAGUUAAUUCAUCUCUGUAGAGUUCUGGAUGUUUGCUGUUGGUGAAGAGAAAACUAUAAAAUACAAGCAGUUGUGGGUUG